AUGUCUAUGGUGUGUCUUUCUGACUUCGAAGCUUAUGCUAAGAAGUAUUUGCCCAAGAUUGUUUGGGAUUAUUUUGCAGCUGGAGCAGAUGACUGUACCACACGAGAUGAAAACAUCCUGGCAUAUAAAAGAAUUCGUUUCCGGCCACGUAUGCUGCGGGACGUAUCUGUGAUGGACAUUCGGACUAAAAUCCUGGGUUCUGAAAUCAGCUUUCCUGUAGGAAUUGCCCCUACAGGCUUCCACCAGCUAGCAUGGCCUGAUGGAGAGAAAAGCACAGCCAGAGCGGCCAGAGCAAUGGACACCUGCUACAUCGCCAGCACCUACUCCACCUGCACGCUGGAGGAGAUCUCCGCGGCUGCGCCCGGCGGCCUCCGCUGGUUCCAGCUCUACAUCCACCGCAACAGGGCAGCUUCCCAGCACCUGGUCCGGCGGGCAGAGGCCUUGGGCUUCCAGGGCCUCGUCCUCACUGCGGAUCUGCCCUACACGGGCAAGAGACGCGACGAUGUCCGCAAUGGUUUCCGCCUUCCUCCCCACAUGAAAGUGAAGAACUUGGAAGGAGCCUUUGAGGUUUGUAAAAUGAGCCUCUUGGAUCCUUCGGUCACCUGGAAUGACAUCUACUGGCUGCGGAGCCUGACACGCCUGCCCAUCAUCAUCAAAGGCAUCUUGACAAGAGAAGAUGCAGAGGUGGCAGUGAAACAUGGAGUUCAGGGAAUUAUUGUGUCCAACCAUGGUGGAAGGCAACUGGAUGAAGGACCUGCCACUAUUGAUGCUCUGGUUGAGGUUGUGGAGGCAGUACGAGGCAGAGUGGAAGUUUAUGUUGAUGGAGGGAUACGAAAAGGCAGUGACGUGCUAAAAGCACUGGCACUGGGAGCAAAAUGUGUCUUUAUUGGAAGACCAGCUUUGUGGGGCCUGGCUUACAAGGGUGAAGAAGGUCUUCAGGAUGUCUUGAGAAUCCUUCAGGAUGAGUUUCGUUUGUCUAUGGCCUUAGCUGGCUGUGCCAGCGUCUCAGAGAUUGGCCAGCACCUGGUUCAGUUCUCAAAGCUGUGA